AUGGCAGUCAGAAAAGCUGACUCACUGCAUUACUCCAUAGGGCUCUUGGGCAUUUCCGCAGGAUCGCUCUUACUGACUGUGCACUUCUACACUGUAAGCAGAGCAGCCCCUCUCAUCCCCAGCACAGCUUUAGGAAUCCUUCUGCUGAUUUUAUCAUCUCUUUUGGCAUAUGCAGGAAUUCGGAGAAGCCUAAGAAAUGCCUCCCUGUUCUUGUCUCUCUGCCUGACCAUCUCAGUGUCCUGGUGCAGCUAUGGAAUGGUCUUCAUCCUAGGAGGGCAAGGAGUUUUGAAUGACACUGGUGACUUCCGCAAUGCCUUGGUGCCUGGCCUGGUCACAUUUACUCUGGCACUACUCAUUAUUGCAGUGGUGGGCUUCCUUCACAGGGAGGUCAUCCUAGCUAUGAUUGCUUUUGCUGUGUCCUUUGCCAGUGCUCAUGAAAUUGCCAUGCACUAUAACAUAGCUUUUGGUUCCCCUGCUGUUGCUUGCAAUUACAUGAUUGCCUGUUUGGUUGGAGGAUAUUUUGCGCUGGGAAGGUUUCUUUAUUUCCUCACCAAAGAGAAAAUUGUACUUCCUGGCACAGAUCCAUCUAAGAAUAAGACCCAUGAACAGGUCAAGUCCACCAGUGGCAGCAUGAAUCAUUUUGCAACCACAGGUCUGACCUUGAACAUGCUGUCUGCCAGCGUCUUUGGCUGUAGGCUCCUGGGUGUAACAAGCAAACUAUUUAUCGGUCAGGUGCCCUGGCUCUGGACCUCUGGGGUCUAUCAGAUCGGAAUAUGCAUUUUAUCCUACCGUGCCAUGGAUACACUGAUGGCUACAUUCUUUGGUUUUACUUCCAUCUUGAAAUUUGCUGCAGGAUAUAGCCUUCUGUAUCCAAUCUGGCAGUCAGAGGAGCCAUCUUUCGCUAUUCCAUUUCUGGUAGUUUUUGCAAUUCUUUUUGCUAUCUUGGCUCUCUUUCUCAUGCUUAAGAGUAUAGUGGAUGGCCUGUAUUUGCUGUUUUAUGUGGCUUACUGCAUUGCAAUAGCUUGUUGUCCCAAGGGAUUUUUUGAAGGAGGACCCCAAGGCAUGGAUGUGGCCAUCUUUGUGGCCACAGCCUUGAUGACCCUAAUUUACCAGUACAAUACAAAAGAAAAUGCCAUAGUCCCAACAGGAAAAGGUGUUGUGAAGGCCUUACUUGCUCGCAGCAGUUUUCUGAAGCUUCGAGAAGGGGCAGACCUUCACGCUCCCUAUCUAGGCUAUUCCAAGUAUGCAGAUGCUGAAGUACUUGGCUAUGCAUGCAGUGUCCUUGCUUCUUUCGCUAUAAUGAUAACAGGGGACCCAAAGACUCCACUUGCCACUGUUGUAGUUCCAUGGGUUGUGGUAGCUGGUGGGAUCCUUAAGUUUCUAAGUGGCUCAGUGGCCUUUGCCCGUGGUAAAACCCUGGAGAGCAGUGCCUUCAUUCUCUAUGGUGUCAUGUGGAUCAUCUGGGGCUUGACAAGAUAUGGUGGCCUCUAUGGCACUACCAGAAGCUUCCACACAGCAGUGGGCAUCGUUGCUUUCAUGCUCUUCAAUGGCUUCAUUGUCUUCUGCACACUCUUCUUAAGCAUCACCUGGUUCUUUUACUCCCUCACUUUCUUGCUCAUCACCAUCAGCUUCUUGCUGGAUGCCAUCAAUGCUCUUCCAGCUGGCUAUGACAUUGCUGCUGCUCUCAUCUUUGGCCUGGUCAGCUUCUACUGCUUCCUGUCUGCCCUUUUCAACAGCAUCUUUGAAGGUUCCUGCUUACCCAUGGGUAGGCCCAUUGUGCAACUCAGUGGUGUGGGGGGAGGAAUGAGCAAGUGCCUUCAUCUUCCUGCCAGAAAAGCUUCCUCAGUCAAGAGAAUUGCAGAUAUCCUGAAGAAUGGAGGGACCUGCGGCAUCCCCACAGAUACUGUAUAUGUGCUUGUGGCAGCCUGUAAUAGACCUGAUGCUGUGGAGAAAGCUCACAACUCCAAGCACCAGGCACAAGAGCGUCCCAUGUCACUUUGGAUUUCUAGCCUGAAGCAGCUGGAACCUGCAAAGCAUUUGUUCACCCCUCUACUCUGGGACUUCAUGGAGGCUGCCUGGCCAUCUCCUAUUAGUUUGGUUAUUCCCAGAGGAGAAUGGGUGGACUUUCUGGGAAUGAAGGACUCUGCAAAAUACGUUGGUACCCCUCAGAGCAUCGCCAUCCGCAUUCCUGACUGCUCUGUCACCACACACCUCAUUGACUUGGUUGGCCCCAUUGUGGUAACAUCAGCUAACCCAACAGGAGAAGCAGACACAACACAUCACAACCAAGUAUAUGCCAAGCUAGGAGAUAAGGUGGAUGCAGUUCUUUGUGAUGGGCCUUCUCCAGAGAACAUUGCAUCCACUGUUGUGGACUGCACCAAAAUCAACAGUGGAAACAUAGGUUUCUUCAGGGUUGGUAUCAUCCCGAAGUCUCAGGUGCUGCAGAUACUGGAGCAGGUGCAGAAGAAAUACACGUUGCUUCACAGCAACGGCCCUGUCAUUGCAAAAGGCCAGGAGGAGCACAUGAACCAUAGCCAUGCUGUUCCCAAUGGGGCAGGUAUGGCUGUCUCAGAAGAAACAGUACUGGGGCAGUCCACUGAUGACAUCUGUGAGAGCCACACUCGGCUCUGA